UCAAAAAUAACAUUUAAAUAUCAAAACAAAACAAAAAAUCCAUCAACUAAACUACCCUCGACACAGAAUUACAAGAAUUUGCUUUUACCUUUUUACUGGAUUUUGUUUAUACCUGCCGUUGUCAAGGUGUUCUGUUGAGGUACAACAAAACACCGGGUAGAUUAUUCAAUUUAGAAAGAAGAAGUAGUAAGAAUAUAAAUCCAUUUGGCAUCUUUUUACCUUUUCCCAAUGAAUUACUACGACGAAGAAAUCAAGAUAGACGGCUCGGAGCCGAUUAAACUUGAAAAAGUGCAAAGUGCGUCCAAGGGAUCUCGACGUGCAUCAGCUAUAGGUUCAGCAGCUGCUUCUCGACAUACAAUUCGUGCCAAACCUGACGGAUUACCUCGUUCAUCAUCAACAACAACAAACGAGGACGAUGAACAUCUGGACGGAGCAAAAGGACUCGACGAUAGCGAUGCCAGUGAUUCAGAAUCUGAAGAUAGCAAAGAAUAUCGCGAAAACCAACAACUUGGCACACGACUUAUAAGCCCGUCCAGUUGGGACAACCUUUCACUGCCGCAGGAGAUCAAGGAGAUCUUUCCUUACAUUGCAAAGUACACACCUCAGCUCAUUGAGACCGAGUACCACCUGCAACCAUUUGUACCAGAAUACGUACCAGCUGUUGGUGAUGUUGACGCAUUUCUGAGAGUAUCAUUUCCUGCUAUAAUGGACAUACGUCGUGAACAGGAUAUCCAGGAACACCUCCAGAAAAUGGGAUUGCAUUUCUUGGAUGAACCAAGUGGUCAACAAAGUGAACCAAGUUUAUUGAGCAUCAAACUGGGAUCAGUAUUAACUGGCAGUGCUAGGUCACAUUCAGCGUCAAAAGUUCCAAUUGCAAAAUCGAUAAUUAAGGAUGUGGAUAAAUGGAUCACAGAGGUUGAACAUAUUCAUUUGGGACAAUCUGGACAUAAUGUUCAGCCGGAGAAGGAUAUCGAGACAAUGAUGAUUGAUUGGCCACAAUCCUAUGCGACAUUACAGAAUGAACUUAAUAGAGCUUAUAAUGAUGAUAAUCUAUCAUUGGUCGAGUAUAUUAGAGUGUUGUGUGAGAAGCUUGAAAUCGAUUGUGGCGGGCCAGGAGAACUAACUCAAGCGCAAUGCAUACAAAAAGUUUAUACUUUGUUUAGUAUGUAUUUAGCAGCAAAUCAUUCAUAUGAAUAAUUAAAUUGGAUGAACAGUAGUUAUUUUUAGUUAAAAAUGUCCUUCAAUUUUUGUAUGUCCUUGGUGCAUUUCAGAUUAAAGCAUCCAUUUGCAGUUGCAAAAAAAUGU